CAGGAAGCGGAAGUCCCGGCUGAAGACUGCCAAGAAGACGUCGCUGCCGCAGAGUGUGCAGACAACGCGUCACCGAUAAGCGAAAUUCCACGCCCGCGAUUGGUGCUACAACACAGCCAGUCUUGUGACGUCGAGAGCGAGUCUGCAACUACAAAUACCAGUGAAACAGAUUCCGAAGUGCUCUCAGGUUUAGAUCUAGCCCCUGAGACGAUACGAAGAAGUCUGGCCAAAUCAGACGUCAUCUGGACUGGAGGAAGUAGUAGCGGAACAAGUUCACCCGCUCCUUCCGUCACGAUGGAGAAGAGAGUCGCGGGGAGACCUUCGCUGAGUGAAGCAAAACAACAAAUCAGCGAAGAGACGAGGAAAUUUCUGACUUUCGUCAAGAGGAAAUUCCGCAGAGGACGACGCAGCAAACGUGAGACUUCCGUACAGGAGAUCCAUAUAGACCCAGAGGAAGAUGAAGACAGAUGGGCUUCUCGUGCCGCCAGUGGCUACAGCAGCAACAGUAGCGGCAGCAGCACGUCUCAAGCCAGCAGCAGUGGUCUGGCCAGACAAGGCAGCAGAAACAGCAACCGCGGUAGCAUCAGUAAAAGCAGCAGCAGCUCACAGCCCGCCAUCGGCAACUUGGAAGUGGUGCAUGACCUGGAUGACGACUUCAACCCUGACUACAGACACUUCAACCACGUACCUUGAUGCAAGUGGGUAGCCAGAUAAUACGUAUUACUACAUGACAAACUGAAAGAACAAUCAGUAAGGUUUAGUAAAUUGGUGCCAUAGAGAGUGUGUCACAGAGAAAACGAGCACAGCAGGCUCAGGAUAAGUUCAGGAAGGACAUGGAUCUGUCUCGGCUCUUGAACAGUCUUUUAUAACCCAUAUUAUUAUAAUAUAGAUGUAGAUGUGUACUUGCAGUGCCCCUUCAAAAUUAUCAGGUUCAAAUGAUUAUAUGUUCAUGAUGCACUUGAAAGGAGACGCAAAAUGUGAGAAUUCUCCGACGGUAAAUUUUGAUCAAAGCAGACUUAUGCUGGUUUCUACGAAUCUGUUAUCAUUUCAUUUUAAUACAGGCCAUACCCAGAGCAUGAGAUCUAUAAUGUAUGCUCAUUGUGAGAAGAAAAUGAGACAGUACUUGUUAACCUCUGUUGGAAAAGAUUGUCCAAAUACAACUCUGGUGCUUUGGAAUGAUUAUAGUAUGUGUAUGAAAACCACAAACUUUUGAAAAUGUAAUGCUUGCCUGGCUCAGAAAUGCAGACAUAAACGAAUCUCAAGUUCUGCCAUGCAGUUGGAAACUUGAAACAAAAUAAAACAUCGAAACUAGCUGCCACUUAUUUGACUCUAAAGCAGAGGUACACUGUAGACCAGGUACAUAGUUGUGGUUUUCUGCUGCUUGUCAAAGUACAUAUAAUGUACUUGUAUCAGUAAAUUUCAUGCAAAGUUAACCAACUGCCACCAUUGUAAUGACUGAGUCUUUUAUGUAUAAAUGGUACAUGAUUAAAAAAUAGUAUAAAUAUAAUGAUCAUAUAGGCGUACAUGAUGCAUGUGUGUACAACAAGUACAAGAGAUUAAAAAAUCUCUGGAAUGAUGAAAUGAUGUUAUAAAGUGCCUUUUAAAUAUAUAACGUAUGUGUGCAAAUGCUUGUGUAUAGUUGUGGUUAUGGUGUGCUAAGCAUAAAAAGUAUCUUUUAAUAACCUUUAUUUGUAUUUUAAAAAUAAAUAUUUUGAACAUAUAUUUUAAAAUACACAGUGGAGUUUGCUUAAACCAAAAUCUGCGGGACCUUUGGAAUUUCUUCAGUUUAGCUGGGUUUUUGGUAUAGAGAGAUUGCUCAUAAUGAUAGAAGUAGAAGGAAAAAAAUCGGGGAUUUUAUUUUCUUUUGGUUUACCACUGUUUACAAAUUAAUAACCAUGUUUAGGUUAAGCGGAGUCCACUGUUAUGUACGUACUAGUAAAUUAUUUUUAUAAUUGUUACAUGUAAUAGGUACACAAUGCAAUUUGUGAACAGGAUGAGCUAUAACGCCACUCACUACAAAACCUCACAGAAGUCAAUUGCUCACAAUACAAUUCUGACGUUUCAUGAUGCCAAAUAUCCAAGUCAAAAUUUCAACUUCAAUAAUAUAUUAUGUAUUAUGCGUAAGACUGUAUCAUGAGCAUGAGUUUUUGAUGUUGUGUAUACUGCUGGUUUAUGUUCAGUAUUCAUGAUACCCGAGACGAUUUAAUUAAUUUGUUAUCACGUGCUGAAGAAGAUGGGGUACUAUGCGAGUAUCUUCAGGGAAGCACGGUGGUCCUAUCAUCUCCGUCCUUCUGUACAUUGAAGAGCAACACAAACAUUGCAAAGAUUCAUUAGUCCUUUUUGUCCUGAGACAAGGGGCUGAAUGUCAAUGUUUUAUGCCCCCAUCCAUACAUUACAUUGUAGAACAUUUAAGAAAUGCCGCUUCAGCCCUGCCCAACAGGGAUAACGCCUGGUGGAGCCAGACACAGCGUUCCAUAUAAGUAUAACAGAAGAACAGACAGGUAGAUGAUACAGUAAACGUUCCAAUGGAAGGUUGAAACUCUGGGUUUUGUGUGCAAGUUGCAAGGUUAAGACACACUGUUUAUUGUUACUAUGGGAAAUUAUCUCUUCCUGCCAGGAACAAUUUUUACGAAUUUUCAUCAUAGUACAUCUACCUUCUGUAUUCUUUAAGCUUACUUUACAUUAAAUAAUUUUACCUAUGAAAAGUGCUCGUAGUCAACUUAUGAGUAAAACUUUCUUUACAAUUACUAUAUCAAUUCAACACAAAAAUAAAGAACUUCUAAAUGAUAAAAAUAAAUACAAAUAUUCGCAUGGUUACGACUGCGUUUACUGCUUUUCCUUUCUUACAUGGCAAUUUAAACAAUCCUGAAGAUUCAUAUAGUGUAGAUCAUUUUUAUUGGCAGAACACUUGGAACCCUGCUAGGACAUGUUGCAGACAGAAAAAUCUUUGCUGGGAGGACAAGAAAAAUGUCGGUUUUCGGUCAAUUACAAACCCUGAAACUCCUCAAGAAGGCCAAGUUAAUUAACCAACUGUGCUAUAACAGCCAGAAGGGGCUAUAGCUGGAACCUCAACAUGUCUUUCCCAAAAAAUGUUCAUAGGUUUUACAUGCACAGGUGUAUAUUCUGGUCAAAUACAUUACAUGUAUGUACAGUGAAGUCGGAUUAAAUCAAAAUUCUGCGAGGGACUGCCAUAUUUUCUUCAGCUUAGACCAAUUUUCUGUUUAAAGAGGUUACCCAAAUAGAACAAAAAAAGAUAGUUUUUCUUUUCUUUCGGGUUACUGCUUUUUUUUUCCAUUAACCAAUUUCGGUUUAAUUAAGUGAACACCCCUGUAAGUCGUAUGACUACCAUGUGCUUGUUCCAGAUGAGGAAAGUAACAGACAUUGUUUUUCACCUCCUUCUAUCUUAUUGCCCAGGUAGUAAGGGCAGAGAGAAAGAGAGAGAUAGAGAGAGAGAGAUAGAGAGAGAGAGAAUGAGAGA